GAAAAUAAAAUUGAUCUGCCUUGAAGCUUCAUGCCCAAAACCAUUUCCAUCUUCGCCAAAACCCGACUCAAUCCACCUCUCUGCCGCCUUAAUCAAGGACAGAUGCCACCGCAAACACGACGCCAUUUCAACUCACCUUGUCGUUUGAGCAUCAGCGACGACGAUUCCAGUAAGGAAUUCACCAACAUCAUCUACGAGAAGACCAUCGGAAAAACCAUUGCGAAGAUUACGAUUAAUCAACCGGAGAGGAGGAAUGCAUUCCGGCCGUGGACAAUUAAAGAGCCCAUACGAGCAUUUAAUGUUGCCAGAGACGAUAGUUCAAUCGGAGUCAUCAUUCUUACUGGAAAGGAUCUGAGGCAUUUUUCAGUGGAGGAGAUCGGAGGGCAAAUUUGGAAUUUAAAAAAAGUUCAAUAGUUGAGUCAAUAUUUACUGUAUUUGUAAAUAUUUUAAAGAGUGGCUAUAUUUCUUAGAUAUUUUUCUUGAUUUUUCUAUCUAUUACAAUUUUCCAAAAAAUUAGUAUUAUUUAUUUUGA